ACUUCACUGACAGAAAACAGGGGAAGGAAGAUAAGCUUUUUUUAUUUCAAAGCAUGGGUUUCUUCCAUCUUCCCUACUUCUUAUCUAUUAAGCCCAUCUAAAGCAGUAAAUUGAAAAAGAAAAGAUACCAGAAAAGAAGAAAAAGGCCAAAACAAGGGCUAGAGGAAGAGCUUUCUUAGAACAGCCAUGGCUUCUGUUGCCAUUACUGCCUCAUUGCACAUAGCAUGCAGUUCACACCAUGUCACCAAGAAACAGCAGCCUCAACCAGGACCUCCAAAGCCCAAGCAGGCAACCUAUGUUACUCUGGAUGUCGAAGGCCAAAAAGGUUUGAAUAUGGCAGAACACCAUGGGAGGUCUGCUUUAGACAUUAAUAAAUCAAAGAAUGCCAUAGAUGGAGUUGAAAACGGUUUGGAGACAGAUCCUUCUGCUCCAAAAUUUGCUGAUGAGCGAUGGAAGAAUGGGACGUGGGAUCUAAAUAUGUUUGUUAAGGAUGGGAAAAUUGAUUGGGAUGGUGUGAUUCUUGCAGAAGCUAGGAGAAGGAAGUUUCUUGAAUUGUACCCAGAAGCAGCAACAAACCAAGAGCCAGUGCUCUUUAGGAGUUCUAUUAUUCCUUGGUGGGCAUGGCUGAUUAGAUCCUAUCUCCCAGAAGCCGAGCUGCUCAAUGGUCGAGCUGCAAUGGUGGGAUUCUUCAUGGCAUACUUAGUUGAUGCAUUAACCGGGCUUGAUGUGGUUGGCCAAACUGGCAAUUUCGUAUGCAAGGCAGGGCUCUUCGUGACGGUCAUCUCUGUGAUACUCUUCAGGCGAACCCAAGAUUUUGACACCCUGAAAAGGCUAGCAGAUGAGGCUACCUUCUAUGACAAGCAAUGGCAAGCAUCGUGGCAAGACAAAAAUGAAAGCACCGGUGCUUUGGAGCAAACUGGGAAGAGAAUUUAGUUUGCCUUCCAAGACCUGUCAACGAAAGGGGACGAUUGGACAGGAUAAAGUUCAUGAGGGGCUAUACUAUUUCCAGGUGGCUUCAGCAAUGACAGCCACUAAAAACUCCUCCAUUGAUUUGUGGCAUUGCCGACUUGGAUGCCUAUAAAUCCUUUAGAAAUGAUGAUAUAUUUAGU